AUGGCGAAUUUUUUUGAAUUUAGUGGUGAUCCUAAUUUUGAACGUAUUGGAAGACGGGUAUCAGUACCGGAUAAUGACAUAGCUAGAUGUAUGUACUAUUUAAGCUGUGUCUUUACAGCUAUUGAAUAUGAUGAUAAUGAUAUGGAUCGAUAUAGUGAUUAUAAAAACUAUUGGAGUCUAUCAGAAAAUGAACAGCGAUAUGUAUUUCUCUUGUGUAUAGCAUUAAGUCCUGAUGAAUUUGAAGACAAAGUCUUUUUUGAAAAUGAUGCUCUAACUGGACCUGGGUCAGGUAAUGAAUUUUAUGAAAUAAGUCAAGUUCGUUUUCAAUUGAUGGCUGUCAAUGCAAUUGUUAUUGCUGGACAACGAAGACAAGUUAAAAGAAUAAUGACAUAUAAAAGAUCAUGGAUGCAAGCAAAUUAUUAUGGACCCAUGCAACGUCUAACUUAUCAAUACAAUCUACAACGACGACGACAAGCUGUUGAAGAAGCAUUACGUCAACAAAUUCAAUCUGGUGCAUGUAUUAUAUCAUAA